GGCUGCGUUUUUCCCGCCAACUGUUGGGGUAUUUCGGCCCUGGUCGAAUUUCUUGCUCCAUGGAGACGUUUGACCCUGCCGAUCUACCCGAACUGCUUAAACUUUAUUACCGGAGGCUCUUUCCCUACGCCCAAUACUAUCGCUGGCUCAACUAUGGCGGAGUGAUAAAGAAUUAUUUUCAACACCGUGAAUUUUCAUUCACAUUGAAAGAUGACAUUUACAUUCGCUACCAAUCCUUCAACAACCAGAGUGAUCUAGAAAAGGAGAUGCAGAAAAUGAAUCCAUACAAGAUUGAUAUAGGUGCAGUAUAUUCCCACAGACCCAGUCAACACAAUACCGUGAAGCUGGGAGCUUUCCAGGCUCAGGAAAAAGAGCUGGUAUUUGACAUUGAUAUGACUGACUAUGACGAUGUGAGAAGGUGUUGUAGUUCUGCAGACAUAUGUUCUAAGUGUUGGACCCUAAUGACAAUGGCCAUGCACAUCAUCGACAGAGCAUUGAAGGAGGACUUUGGAUUUCAGCAUCGUCUCUGGGUAUAUUCUGGAAGGAGAGGUGUUCAUUGUUGGGUCUGUGAUGAAUCAGUUAGAAAACUGUCCUCUGCAGUGCGUUCUGGAAUAGUUGAGUAUUUGAGUCUUGUAAAGGGUGGUCCAGACAUUAAAAAGAAAGUUCAUCUCAGUGAAAAAAUCCACCCUUUUGUCAGAAGAUCUAUAGACAUAAUAAAGAAAUACUUUGAAGAAUAUGCCUUAGUAGGUCAAGACAUUCUUGAAAAUAAAGAAAGCUGGGAUAAGAUUUUAGCCCUUGUUCCUGAAACAAUGCAUGAUAAACUUCAAGAAGGCUUCCAAAAAUGUCACAAUUCACUUCAGCGGUGGAAAUAUUUGAAGACAGUAGCCAGUGACUAUCAGGGUAACAUCAAAAAUGACAAAUCUGGACAGUGGCUAGAGUGGGAGAUCAUGCUCCAGUACUGUUUUCCACGACUGGAUAUCAAUGUUAGCAAAGGAAUCAAUCAUUUACUGAAGAGCCCUUUUAGUGUUCAUCCUAAAACAGGUCGCAUCUCUGUCCCUAUUGAUGUGCAGAAAGUAGAUCACUUUGAUCCAUUUGCCGUUCCAACCAUAAGUUCCAUCUGCCAUGAAUUGGAUAUCAUUUCCACUAAUGAAGAAGAAAAUGAAGCUGAAUCUAAUGUCAAACAUAGAACCAGAGAUUAUAAGAAGACCAGUCUAGCUCCUUAUGUGAAAGUUUUUGAGCAGUUUCUUGAAAACCUGACUAAAUCUCGAAAAGGAGAACUUAUCAAGAAGAGUGAUUUACAGAAAGAUUUCUGAAGAUAACGUCCCUUAAACCAAUGCAGACAUCUUCUACCUUCAUCCAAGAGUCAAAUACUUCAAGAACCAUUUAACAAAUAAAUGGCAGAACCAUG